CGGAUUUCUUCCCUGAAAACAUGGACGAAAAAUACGACACCGCACUUCUUGGCAUCUUGCAACACGAAGGAAAGAUCGAAAAAUUUCUUAAUGUGAUAUUUGGGUUCCUUUAUCGGAGUAUGAGUGGGUAGUUACAGUGAGGUAGAUGACAGUGUUAUCUGUGAAUACAACAUGUAGGCUCACUUGGGUUGGAACUAAAUCAGGGAGAUCUUUUAUAUAAAGUAGGAAGAGGAGGGCCAUAGGACAGUUCCCUGGGUGACUUUGCAUGUGACAGCGACUUGCUUAGAUGUGAUAUCAUCAAUUACUACUGACUAGGACAUAUGAGGAAUGACUGUAUCCAAGGACAGACUUUUACAGAGUUAUGAAAAGUAAAGAGGACAGACUUGGUUUCCCUCCAGGUGUUGCCCUGAAAAUGCUUACAAGUGUUUUCCAGCAGUAUGAUGCUUUAACUCGUCGUGAUGACAAACUGCGUGAAGCAAAAAGUGAAAAGCAAGGGAAAGAACUAUCACAGGAUACAAUAGCAGGAAACAAACCUGCUCCAGUUAAACAACAGAGAACAGCUACAGAAAGUAUACAACAAUCUAGUACAGAUAACAUGAUGGCAGAAUCAGUGACAGAACAGUUACAACAAGAUUCUGCUACAGCACAUGGUGAUAGUGCUGUGAAACAAGACAGUGACAAGAGCGCUAAAAGUGAAUCUCAACAUUCUAUAGACACUGAGGAUAAAAUAGUUCAUAACAAAAGUGAUGCAAUAAAGGUGGAGUCUAAAGACACAAAAACAAAAUCUGAAGAAGAUGAUGAUCCUGAAUUAACAAGACAGCAGCAGAAGUUUCAGGAAAAUCCAGAGAGUUACAACGGUGCUGUUAGAGAAAAUUACAGUUGGGCACAGUCCAUAACAGACCUAGAUCUCAGAGUUAAAGUACCAUCAUAUAUACGUAAAGGUCGAGAUGUGAAAGUAGAUAUUAGUAAGAAGCAUGUGAAAGUGGCCCACAAAGAUGAAAGUGGUCAGUAUAAAGUUGUGAUUGAUGGGGACCUUACCUGGGAGGUGCAUAAAGAUGAAAGUAUGUGGACUCUGAAUCCAGGUGAAAAUGUUCAUAUAAAUUUUGAGAAGAAAGAAGAGAGAUGGUGGGAAGCAGUGUUGACAGAUGAGCCAAAGAUAAAUGUACGCAAGAUAGAUGCUAGUCGACCAAUGACUGACCUUGAUGAUGAAGCACAAGCUAAGAUAGAGGAAAUGAUGUACAAUGAUAGACAGAAAAAAAUGGGCUUACCAACAGCAAAAGAACAGAAGAUGCAGGACAUGCUAAAGAAUGCCUGGGAUGCUGAAGGUUCUCCAUUUAAAGGCCAGCCAUUUGAUCCUUCAAAGUUUUCCAUGGACUCUAGUGGUGUGGUCAAUAUGAAACCAAGCUGAAUGAACAUUUUAUGGAAGUGGUGUAUAAAAUCAUUCACUGCUGAGAUGUCAUUUGUUUAGAUUGAUUCUGGGAAUGGUGUAUAAAAUCAUUCACUGCUGAGAUGUCAUUUGUUUAGAUUGAUUCUGUUACAACAUUAAUUUUUCAUCAGAUAUGUUGGAGUUCUGAUCAGUUUGAGCAAUAAUGCAAUUCUUGGAAAGUUAAUUUACAAUCUAGGUAAAUUACAGCAAUUUCCAGCAACAACAGUUGAAUGUUAUCUCCCACUGUAGCACUAGGCAACAAAAGAGAGUUAAUGUAUACUUAAAUGCUUAUGCAAUUAAGAAUAUAAAAACAGGUAAUACUUAGACUGGAAAUGGUGCUGGAUAUAAACAGCAGUUUUCUACUCCAGAUAAUCUCUUUUUACUGCCAAGUUUGAUAUUACUGAACCUUACUAUAGAAAUGUCAAUUACGCAGUUAUUUUUACCAGCAUGAAUUAGUUGUAUUGGAGGAAUGUGAGCCCAUAUAGGCUGUUAUUAGGUUCCUAUCACAGCCAGCCAGAUAUCUAAGUAUAUGCAUUGCUAUUUUCUUAAGAAUAAAUGUUGAAAGUUU